AUGUCCCAGCCUCAGUACGAUAUCAUCUUCGCUGGGGGCGGAACCACAGCGUGUAUCGUCGCUGGCCGUCUUGCUGCUGCAGACCCGAAUUUGAAGAUUCUGCUUAUCGAAAGUGGAAAGCACACGCAGAAUAUUUCUACGCAUAACCAGCCAGCGCGGUACUAUGCUAACCUGGCGAGUGGCGGCGACACAUUCACUUUCCACGUCGCAAAACCCAGUCCGGCUCUCCGUAAUCGCCCCUGCAUUAUUCCGUCUGGAAAGGGUGUCGGCGGCGGCAGUAGUGUCAACUUUUUGAUGUACACUCGCGCCAGCCCAUCGGACUACGACGAUUGGGAGAGCCUGGGCAAUCCUGGCUGGGGAUCGGCUGAUCUCAUACCUCUGGCGAAUAAGGCAGAGACUUAUGGCUCAGGGAAGUCCGGGGCACACGGCGCUUCCGGGCCGAUCAAAAUAUUGAAUGUCAGAGAUCAGUCUGACAUGCAGACGAAUACCGCAAAGCAGUUCAUGGCCGUUGCUGCUGUACGCGACAAAGAGCGCGGCUUCACCGACGACGCGAAUGAUUUCACAGUAGCCUCCAUCAACAAGUACUCGCCAUGGUCCCGAUACGUGUCCCCCGAGACCGGCCACCGUUCAGACACGGCGCACCACUACGUCUAUAAUCAGACGCACAACAAGAAUCUGGAAAUCCUCGUUCACUGCCGUGUGAAGCGCGUCAUCUUCGAAGAAAAUCGUGCCGUGGGCGUCGAAUACCUCAGUCACCAUCCUGACAAUGCGGACCAAAACUCCAUUUUUGUGGCGCGGGCGUCGAAGCUUGUCGUUCUCUCCGGUGGCGCAUUUGGGUCUCCUGCGAUCCUGGAGCGAUCUGGGAUCGGCUCCCCUGAUAUUCUGAAGACUUGCGAUAUCAAGCAAAUUGUGGCUCUUCCUGGUGUUGGCGAGAACUACAACGAUCACAAUUUGAUGUUACCUCCCUAUCAAACAACAGACGAUGAGGUGACUCUGGACGACAUCUUCCAUGGCAGCGACGAGAAAAUCAAGCCUCAUCAAGAGCGUUGGCUGAAGGACGGCCAAGGCUUAAUGGCGCACAACGGAAUUGAAGCGGGUAUAAAGAUUAGGCCCUCCCAACAAGACUUGGAGGUCCUUGGACCGAGUUUUGCUCAACGCUGGAACGAGUUCUUCGCAAAUCAUCCCGAUAAGCCGGCUCGUGCAAUUUUGGUGAUGUGCAUUGCGACCCUUUCGUCGUAUGUCGGGGGCAAUCCAGCAGCGCCAGCGGCCAGCCGGCAUUACACAGUUUGCUACUAUACUGAAUAUCCUGCAUCGCUCGGCCGAACCCACAUUAAAUCAACUGAUCCGUAUACGCCGCUCGAAGUCGAACCUGGCUUUCUCGAUAAGGAGGAGGAUGUCGCAGCGCUUCGGUGGGCGUACAAGUGGUCCCGGGAGAUGUCCCGACGCAUGGACGCCUACCGAGGCGAGUUUGCCCCAGACCACCCGGCCUUCCCGGAAGGCAGUGAAGCGAAAUGCGGACGCCAGGAUGGCCCCGUGCCAAUUAAUGCGCCAGAUAUUGCCUACACUGCUGAAGACGACAAGGCCAUCGACGACUACCAUCGUGCUACAAUCAGUACGACCUGGCAUUCGCUCGGUACUUGUGCUAUGAAGUCGCGCGAACAGAACGGUGUGGUCGACCCACGCUUGAAUGUGUAUGGCGUCACGGGCCUCAAAGUGGCGGACCUCAGCAUUGCCCCAACGAAUGUCGCUGCCAACACAUAUAACUCUGCUAUCAUCGUAGGCGAGCGCGCUGCGGUGAUAAUCGCCGAGGACUUGGGCAUCAAAGGCGUCUAA